AAAUGCAAGAGGUAAAAGUCUGUCCCCCUGUAAGAGCCUCAGAAGCAGAAAGAGAAGAGGGAGAGAACAGGAGGCACAGACUGAACUCCAAUAGUGUAUCCGUGUAACUAUCACCAUGCAAGUAACGUGCCUCCUUCUGCUCUGUCUGCAUGGGAUCUGUGCCCAGCAGAACUAUGAUUCAUUUUAUGAGAACCCCUCAGAAUCCCCUGUUUAUUAUGACUAUUCAGAUCAAUCGGAAGGAAAUCAACAGAUUCAUCAACAGCAGCAAAUCCUGGAUCAGUACGAGCAGCAGGUUUUGGAUGAGUACGACAGACAAUUUAUAGACCCAGAGCAGCCCCAGCAGCAGCAACAGCAGCAGAUCCAGCAGGAAAUAAUCCCUGUACCUACUCUGGACUCUCCUCAGACUGAGCCCACCGAGCCUGGACCUUUAGACUGUAGAGAGGAGCAGUAUCCUUGCACCCGGUUGUACUCAGUGCAUAAACCCUGCAAACAGUGCCUGAAUGAGAUCUGCUUCUACAGUCUGAGGCGAAUGUAUGUCGUCAACAAAGAAAUCUGUGUGCGCACUGUGUGUGCCCAUGAGGAACUACUAAGAGCUGAUCUGUGCCGGGACAAGUUCUCUCGCUGCGGUGUGAUGGCCUCCAGUGGCAUGUGCCAUUCAGUGGCACCUCAGUGCAGCAAGAGCUGCGGUGGCUGCUAGACUGCGGAAAUAUUACUGGGAAUAAGAACCCAUGCCAGAUGGAGGGGACCCUCCUGAAUCCCUGAACCCUCACUCACUGGAGGGGGUGGGAGGUGCUAGAAUUAUGUAAUCAUUUAUAUUACUGUAUUGUACUGUAUGUGCCACGCCGAAGGGGGCACUAUGGGCGGUAAGCCCUGAUACCUUCACUGUCUUUGCCAUAUGAUACCCAGCCCUGUGCACUGCAUAACGCUUCCUCUAUUCUCUGUUAGGGGACUGGUUGCUCCAGUAGCUCUGAUAAUAGCUGCUUUGGUGAAGGAGAUGUCACCAGCAGUUUGCCCUGUGACUGUAUGCAGGUUCUUUGAAUGUUAACAACAACCUAGAGCUUAAGCACAGAUAGAUUAAUGUCUCUCACCUGUGGGACAUACUGGUCUCCUGGUUAGCCUUGAGUAAUGGCACUUGAGACAGGGUUUUAGGUAAAAGAAAAAAAAACAAACACAGCGUAUACUCUAUGAAUAAAGAACACACCCAGUACUGGUCACCCACACUCAUGGCUUCAGAGCUGCCACAUUUUUGUCCAACAGCUGUCUCUUAACCCUGUUCCUUGCCUCUUAAAGGGAUACAGAAUGUCAAAAUUAAACAGAUACAGUGUAACCCUACUGAGGUAGGAUCAGAAUUGUCUUGAGCAAUAUAUGGCAGCUGUUUUUGUUGUAACAAUGUUACACAUAGAGUUUUCAAGACAAGUGCAUGUUCCAAAGCCUACCUCAGUAUGCUCUCAUAGAGAGGAAAUAAGUUUCAACUAAAGAUACCAAGAAAACUAAGUACAUUUUAAUUGUUUGCUCUAUCUGAGUUAAUUUUGAGUUACAAGUCCCUUUAAUUAAUUUCCCUUCUUCUAGUCUAAUUUUCUCUCUGUCCUUUCAUAUUUCUUAUUUGGUUAAACCGCAUUUUACUUCACACAAGGGGAGAUUUAUCUGACUUUCUUUUUGUAAUUUGUUUUGUACAAAAGAUGAAUAAAGUGAAAACUUUUACUUGUACUGGA